GGGUCCCGAAAAAUAAUUGAAUGAACCGUUGACCAGACCCGUACCCACUCCCCCGUGAUGACUUCUUCUCCUCCAAACCAACUCAUUAAUGGCGGCUCGUCGUCGUCUUCUUCUCCUUCCUCCGCGUUCCUCCUCGGCCUCUCUCUUUCUCUAGUCACUCUCUAACGGAUCUAAUGAAGAGUAGUGUCCUGCAGGCGGUCGUAGCAGCCACUGCAAGCUUUUCCGUCGUGAUCCUAAUAUUCAUCUGCAUCCUCCUCCUCUGCCUCAGCCGCCGCAAGACCCGGCCUCAUCAUCCGGCCGCCCGCGGCCUGCAGGCCCCUGCGGCCACCGAGCUGUCCUCGAUCACCGUCGAUGAGAGCGCGUCCUUUGACGAUUCCCACCCGAUCUCCAUGGCCGAUCUCUUGGUGGCAACGAAGCAAUUCUCGCCCGAUCUUAUCGUCGGGGACGGCGGGUUCGGGUGGGUCUACAAGGCCCAUCUCUCCUCCGGAGUCACCGUCGCGGUCAAGAAGCUCUCCCCCGACGCCUUCCAAGGCUUCCGGGAGUUCCGCGCCGAGAUGGAGACUCUCCGCAAGCUCCAGCACCCGAACAUCGUAAAGCUGCUCGGCUACUGCGUGUCGAACACCGACCGGGUCCUCGUCUACGAGUUCAUCGAGAAGGGCAGCCUCGAUCUGUGGCUCCAUGACACGUCGAUGGAGAGCGACGGCGCCACGACGUGGACGAGCCAGGCCUUCGAGAAGUUCGUGCCGCUGUCGUGGGCCACCAGGGUCAAGAUAAUUCAAGGCGUGGCCAGUGGGUUGGCCUACCUACACGGCCUCCCUAAGCCCAUCAUCCACCGAGACAUCAAGGCCAGCAAUGUCUUGUUGGACCGGAACUUCGAGGCCCACAUCGCCGAUUUCGGGCUGGCCCGCAGGAUCGAUCCCUCGCACACCCAUGUGUCGACCCAGGUGGCCGGCACGAUGGGGUACAUGCCCCCGGAGUACAAGGCGGGACUCACCUUGGCCACGGUCAUGGCCGACGUCUACAGCUUUGGGAUCUUGAUGUUCGAGGUCGCCACGGGCCAGCAGCCCAAUUUGCCGAUCAGGAUGCACGACGACAAGGACUCGAAGGAGGUGCUCCUUAUUGAAUGGGCCAGGAGCAUGUUGUCGAAAGAGAAGGAGAUGGAGAUGAUUGAUGCAGCUAUACCCCGGGAAGGGUUGUAUGAGGCUCAGGUGAAGGAGUACUUCAGGGUUGCUACUCUCUGCACCAAUGAGUGUAACAAGAAACGUCCUUCCAUGACCGAAGUUGUCGACUUGUUAAUUCGGGUUUCGUCAUCGUCAACGAUCAGGCAAGAUUCCGAUGGCAGUGGCUAAUUCCAACUUCUAGAGCGAAUGUUGCAAAUGCAAUUGCAAGGUCUCUUUGUUCUGCAUAUUAACUGUACAGAGUCAUUAUUAUAUAAUAUUAGACAGGUCAUAUUCAUCGGAUUUUAGUUCGGUCGACGGAGCAUUCUGGGAAAGGAAUGGGGCAAAAUGGAAUAGCCAUGGUCAUUCUACUCUCUGUCGUACUGAGCAUUAUGCAGAAGUUAGAGCCCCCCUAAUUCAUGAAAAAUAAGGGCAUUUGAAUCGGAAUGGAAAUGAAGCAUUCCGGUUUCGGAUACUAGGUUUACCGGAAUCUGUAUCAAAUCGAUUUCCUCGUACGGGAGAAUCAGUUCCCCUGCAAUACGGAAUCAUUCAUUCCUUGCGUCCCCUAAUGAGUCCCUUCAGGAAACCAGUAAGUCAAAAUCAGAAUUAAUUUUUUUUCAUAUGGUUUUGGGUCGAGCAUUCAUUUAAAUAAUAAAAAGGAAAUCUCCUUAAUGUUUCAGAACGAUAUUUUAAUGCUUUUCAGGAAGUUGGGUCACAUUUUUGUUCUCUUUUUAUUUCUCGAUACCAUGUAAUGAAUUAAAAAGAAAGGAUUUUUUUGAAUUCUUUA